AGUGAAUAAGCCUACAAAAUGUUUUGGUAUUGUUUUGUUAUUGCUUAGACACAACUGCUCAUUAACAAUAACACAUGUUCUGUUUUUAUAUGCAGAAUGAAGAACUUGGACAAAGACAAGUUUAAUAGUUUCAUAUUUGAGAGAUGCGAAAAUGCCAGCAGUUGAGAGCGAAGCCAAGGCAAAAACUAAGGUUCGUUUUGAAGAAAUAUUCAGGAAUCAUGCUGGUCUAAUUGAGAAAAAGAAAAUUAAAAAGAAACAGUUAAACUUCCCAGAGAAUAUUGUGCUAGAGACAUUAAAAAAUCAUCUGACCAAAGGAAGCGAAAAUGAGCCCAUUAUCAACAACACACAUAACCCUGAGGAAAAAAGUCCACAGAUCCCAAAACGUACGUUGAGAGAUAAAGCAUCAAUUGAAGAAAAAACAAAUGAUGUUAGCGGAGAGGAAAGCAAGCAAGUUGGGCUUAAGAAGAAGAAAAAGGCAGCCCUACAGAAACAACUUAAUGAGGAAGAAAAGGUAUCUGAAAUGAAGUUACACUCUUCUGAAAAAGAGAUUCAAGUUUUUACAAAGAAAAAAACAGACCGUGUGUUGCAGGCAGAUGCAGUUCAUUGGAAAGGUGACAGCAACAUGAAAGUUGCCUUGAGUGGACUACGAGACAGAUCUGAAUUAGAUGAGGAAGAAGAACAGCUAAUUCAAGCCUAUGAACAGCAAGUGGCUGAGGAAGAAGCAAGUGCAAUUAAGAAAAAAAUAAAAAAGAAACUUAAAGAACAGAUGUCUGAAUUCAUUCCCAGUGCUCAAAGUCCUGAAACAGUAUUGAACAAUGAAGUGAGAAAAAAGAAGAAAAAGAAAAAAGAAGUACCGGUUUCCUCUGAAUCUCAAACAAGUGCAAUGUUCCUGUCUGAAUUACAACAUGAGCCAGAGGAAGAAAAUACCAGGAAAAAAAGAUCUUUGGAAAGACCAUUUGUAUCCAAAUCUAAAGAAGGUGAUCUGUUAAUAGAGCAGGAAACAAAAGGCAAAAAAGCAAAAAGAAAAUCCCCCAAAGCUCUAGAAGAAGAUACUGAAAACAUGACAGAAAAUACUUUACACAUGACUUCUGGGAAUCUUUCACCAGAAUCUAAACCUGGGUUUGAUGAUAACCUUGUUUUAGGGGUUUACAUUCAUCGAACUGAUCGUCUUAAAACUGAUUUCAUGGUAUCCCAUCCAAUGGUUAAGGUUCAUGUGAUUGAUGAGAAAACUGGUUUAUAUGUGAAGAAAGAGAAUAGCAGUCGACGAGUUUCAUCCUUCUAUGAACAAGAGAAAGUGGGACAUAUUCUUCCUAUUAUGACCCAGCCUUACGAUUUCAGACAGUUUAAAUCAACACUACCACAAUGGGAGGAGCAAAUACUAUUCAAUGAACGUUUCAACUAUUUUCUCCAAGAUGCUGAAGGGACCCCCAAAGUAAUUCUGUUUUUUGAGAUCCUUGAUUUUUUGAGCAUGAAUGAUGCAAAGGCCAACUUUGAUAUUCAAGCCCAGGAAAGCGGCUUUCGGAAAAUCUGUUGGGCAUUUCUAAAGCUUGUUGGUGCAAAUGGAGUUCUGAACGUUGGUGGAAAAGUACGUCUUCAGUUAUAUUCUCCUCCUCCAAGGACCAGGUCACAACUUCAUGUGGUAGAAGUUUAUGACUGGUGGGCAAAAUGUCCUAGAAACAAUUACCCUUCAACAUUGUACGUAACAGUAAAAGGCAUCAAACUUCCCGAUCACGUAAACCCUUCUUUGCGAUCCAUGAUGGCUAUUCAGCAAGAAUAUCAUAGCACAUCAUUCUUGGAUCUACAGAAUGAUAAAUCUAAAACAAUACUGAAUUCUGGAACUCAAACGAAAAAGGAAGAACCAUUUAAGUGGUCAAAACUUCCUGGACAGGUGUGCCAAUUGCCGAACAAGUACCUUUUUUCCUUGAAAGCAGGAGAUAUGGGAUGUUUCUGCAUUCGUUUCUCUGAAGAUGGACGGACAUUAGCAGCAGGUUGCGCAGGAAGAGAUGGUUAUCCUGUUGUUUUGUAUGAGAUUCCUUCAGGAUGCUACCUAAGGGAGUUCUAUGGACAUCUGAACAUUGUGUAUGAUCUUUGUUGGUCAAAGGAUAAUCGGCAUCUUCUUACUGCUUCCUCAGAUGGCACUGCAAGAAUGUGGAAAAUUGAAGCUCAGGCUACAUCAGCCACCAAAGUUUUCCCACAUCCUUCAUUUGUCUAUGCUGCAAAAUUCCAUCCAGUAGCGGAGUACCUCGUUGUAACUGGAUGUUAUGAUUCUGUAAUUAGAGUCUGGAAUGCAAAAGUAAAGGAAAUUCAUGGGCAGCUUUUACAAGAAUUUGAUGGUCACAAAAGUUUUAUCAAUACUUUGUGUUUUAAUGCUGAAGGAUUUCACAUGUUUUCUGGAGAUGGCACUGGGUUAAUAAUUAUCUGGAAUACUUUUGUUAAAGAAAAUUCUCAGGCACCAAUUCAACACUGGGGCAUUGAUAAGGAAAUAAAUGAUGGUGACAUUAAAGGAACAGCAAUAAAUUAUUUGGAGGUACAUCCAAAUGGAAGGCGUUUACUUAUCCAUACCAAGGAUAGUACUGUAAGAAUUAUGGAUCUUCGAAUCUUAGCUACUAAGAAAUAUAUUGGUGCUACAAACUAUCGAGAAAAAAUUCAUAGCACUUUAACACCAUGUGGAACAUUCCUCAUUUCUGGAAGUGAAGAUGGUGUAGCGUACGUUUGGAAUUUAGAAACAGGUGAUCAGGUAGCUGUGUAUUCUGAUCUUUCUUUCACUUCCUCCCUUCGUGAUGUUGCUUUCCAUCCACAUGAGCAUUUGGUAGCAUUUUGUGCCUUUGGUCAGAAUCAGCCAAUCCUUGUGUACAUUUAUGAUUACAAAGUGGCCAAGCAGGGGAUUGAGGCAGUAAAGGAUUUGAGUGGAUCACAACUAACCAAGUCCCCCAGAAGCCCACAAACUCUCAGCAUGUCUGCCAGUGUUCCUGCCCAGAAGAAUCUGAUGAUAUCGUCAGCUGACCAGUUUGCAAAUGUUGCAAAAAUAUCAAUGAGGAUGCAAAAAGUCAAGCAAAGGCUGGAUUCUGUUACGGCCAGUUCCAGUCCAAUACUUUCUAGCCAAUCGCUGAUGCCACCCCACUCCAGAUUAAGACUGACAAACAAUCUAGGCAGCUUCAUCCCAAUAGGAAAUGCUUUCAGCCAAACACCAUCAGCUGGACUAAACUUGAACAGUCAUUUUACAGCUUCAUCAUAUGCCAGAGGAGAUGCUAAUUCAAUCUCUGUCCAGGAAACAGUAGUGGCUCUUUAUGACUACACAGCACAUCGAUCAGAUGAGCUAACCAUCCACUGCAAUGACAUUAUCCAAGUGUUGUACAAAGAUAAUGAUAACUGGUGGUUUGGUAGUCUGGCGAAUGGACAACAAGGCUAUUUUCCAGCCAAUUAUGUGGUUGGAGAAACACAAUAUGAACAGCAGCAAUCUAAAGUAUUAGCAGAAGAAUCUACUCUUCCAUCCAAUGAAUUUAUAAAAGUAAUAUCACCAGCUGUGCCUGAGAUGCUAGCAGAUACCAGCAAGUUGGGAGACCAAAGAUUUGUUUCAGUGAAUGACACAGACUACCUGGCUGAACAAAUUACAUGUGGGCAAACACAGAAGGGCCUGGAUAUAGAGGGACAAGAAUAUAAGACAAAUGAUUGCAUCCCAUUCAAUGAUGUUGAGGAUGAGCCUAAGAAAAACAGGAAGAAAAGAAAGAAAGGGAUGGUGAAAACUACUAAUAUAAAGGGAACAUCUGAUGAUGGCUUCCAGCUGAACUAUCCAGAAGCAUAAGUGUCCAUUAUGUUUGUGGCUGUGAGUUUCAUGGCUUAAAAGUACAUGGAAAAUAAUGGAACUAUUGCAGCCAAGGAACUAGGGGGAAAAUAAAUUCUGAAAGUUCAAGUAAAACUCAACAUGAGUUAAAAUUUUAAUAAUGAUUGGGCUUAGACCAAUUUGGAUAUACCUCGCUAUCUGAAAUUAAUGAAAUAUCUAAAAUUUUAUUAAAGCUCUUCAGGUAACCGAAACAAAGCAGUCCAGUUUUCUAAAAGUUGAAUAAUACCAUUAUGGGUAAAGACAUGAGCUUAAAGUUUCUUAUAAUCUACAAAGAAAAACCAACCAGCUUAAUUGUGAGAGAAACACUCUAUUCUAGAAGGUCUAAGAAUGCAAUAUUAAAUACUUGUAUCUGAUUGUGAUGAAGGAGUUUAAAGUUAAGUUACCAGCUCAGUGCGUGAUUUUAUUAUUCCUGCUAUACACUUACAUAAGAUUAGCCACUGCAAGUGGCUUGAAGAGAACGAAUUACAAGAAAACUAUAUUGUAAAAGGGAGUGUGUAUCUCCACCAAGCUUUUUGUAUGUUAACUUUUAAAUAAAAAGGUGAUAUAUAUUUUGAUAUAUAUUUUUAAUGUGAACGAAUUUACAAAAUUCAUUUUAUAAAUUUGUAAAGGCAAUUUUUUUCCUGCUUUUAAAGCACAAUUACUCAUUUUUUCCUACUGUUUAGAAAAAUAAUUUGACAUCUGUAUAUGAGUGAGAUAUGUUUUUAGGCAGCACAUGUUUAUGUUCAGGUGUAGCUGUUUUCAAAUUAAAAAGCAUUAAGUUGUGAAUGGUGUAUCAGUGAUGAUUUCCGGUAACUUUAUUUAUUAUUCUCUUGUGUAUAUAUGUUGACUACUGAUGCUCACAUUAUUAUUUAUACCAUGUUAGGAAAUUCUGCCCUCUUCCUUUCUGAAGCAAUAAAUAACAUAAAAUUAGAAACUGCUUUUUUAGUAGUCAUGGCAUUUGAUUCCAUAAAGAAAAAAAAAGAAGUGAGAAUAACCAAGUUGACCACCGAUGUGGAAAAUAACACCCAGAUGCACAGGAUUAAAUUUCAAAUAUUAUACAGUCAUCCCACAUGUUUUACAGGCAUAAAUAAUAAAAAAUAUUGAAUAUCUAUUUAGCUGAAAUGUAGACAACCCUGAAUUUAAAACAACCCUCAUUCCACAAAACAAGUGCAGACACAAAUAUAUAUUUAACUUAUUAGUUUUAUAUGCUGCCCAUCUCAUAGUUGAAGUACGUAUGCACAUUCAUUUGCAAUAAUGGUCCAUGCACAUUUAUAUUGGUUAAUGAUGAGUUGCAUGAGAUUGGUGUCUGAAUACACACAGAGCAAUCUCAUCCUUAAUAAAUGUGUAACUUAAUUGCAAAUGAAUGGUUUACCUGUAGGUCCGUGAUGGUGAACCUAUGGCACACAUGCCAGAGGUGGCAUGCAGAGCCCUCUCUGUGGGCAUGUGCGCCAUUGCCCCAGCUCAGCCAGGUGGUCACUGAGUUUCUGACUCACGCAUGGGUGCCGGCCAGCUGGUCGUCGGGUUUCUGGUGCUCUAGUGUACAUGGGCAUCUUCCGGUUUGGGCACUCUGUGCCUAAAAGGUUUGCCAUCAUUACUGUAGGUUGUGAAUCUCCCUGCCGGAAACCAUACUAAAAACUAUUUAUCAGGACUAAACAAUGUAUAUUGAAUAUUACACAAAUGUGCAUCAAUUGAAUUAAAAAUAGCUAAAUACAGUGCUUAUAAAUUAAGUUUCCCAAUAAAAAAUAACUCAGCCCAUCUGGGUAUACCAACUAUUAUCACACACAAACUAUUGUUGCACACAAAAUUAUACUGCAUACGAAUGCAUACCUUCUGUCCCUUUCUCCCUGCCACAAUGAAAAAAAUGAAUGAACUAGGGGGAAGAAGUAAGGGGUCAAGGAAGGAAAAGAGAGAGAAGCCCUGUAAUACAAAGGGUUAAAUUUACCAGGGAGACAGCCCUUCCAAACAUCAGUUAAUAUGCUGUCUUAACUUCAAUAAUCAUUCUAAUUUAUUUAUUUCACAGCAAAUGUCAAUUGACUCCUUCAGGUCACUCCCCAUAAGGUAAAAUGUAUGUGUGUAUAUAUAUGUGUUUUAAUUGUGUAAGAAGAUAAUAGGCCAAUCUAGAUAUAAGCUCAGCAUGAAGAACAUGCUGUUCUGCUUCAUCAGGCUAGGAUGUAGAUGAUGAUGAGCCAAAACAUCUGUCUAGAACAGCAAAACUACUUAAUCAACAGUGUUAUUAAUCCAUAAUGUUCAUAUCAAAGGAUGGAAAUAAGAGAUAGAACUGUGGAUAUAAUUGGCAAUUUUAUCUUUAGAUAUCUCUAAAGAUUUUGAAGAACAUAGGGGAUAAGAUAAAACAUGGUUACACCUUAUGAGUUAAAGAUUACAAAGUGGUAGUAGCAUCUGCUCAUCCUAGUUUUGUAGAACAACUAUCAUAAUGAUAGGUCAAAGAUUCCAUAAAAUAUAACCUGCUAAUCCGGUUGACAUCUUUUCCUUUAUAUUAUCACCACUUUUGAAUGGUUCAGAAGAAUUCUCAUGAUUAUAUUCCAUUGUCCAGCUUCAUUUUAUCAAGAUAAUUAGGGCCGCUUCAAUCCCAGAAUGAGACUGAAACAAAAAAUGCAGUUGAUCUACAUUUACAAUACAGUUUUAAAUGGCAAAUAAUGGGAAUUAAUAUUUUUUCACAAAAAUUUAGAAAAGUAAAAUUGUCAUUAUUUGCUUCAUCAGUUCACUGGAAGAAUGCUAUAUUUCUGAUUAUUCUGCUUAUUUAAUAUCCUCAAUUUGCCUUUUAAAAUUUUUCCUUCCUUAAAGCAUAAUUUAAACAUGCAUCAUGCUAUAUAUUAGGCAUUGCUGAGAAGUAGCCAACAUUUUGAUGCUCGUUUGGAUGGCAUCACUAACUAUUAAUCUGAUAUUACGGACAUGGAAGAUAAAAAUAACACUUCACAUAAACACCACAAAGAAGUGGUAGCUGUAAUCAAAGGCACAGCUCCUCCUUUUCAGCUUGCAAACUAGGGCUUCAAUUAUGUACAGUGUUUUGAAGCUGAAUGGAGCUGCUUUGCCACACUUUCCAAAUUGAAAGAGGACAGGCAAAAACAAUAUCCUUUAAGGCACUGUUCCAAAUAGCAAUUAAGGAGUGAAAUCAGAUAAAAGCCCAUACAUGAAGAUUUAUGGAGCUGAAAACAUACUUUUUAAAAUGGCAUUGCGGCUAUUGUCACUAUAACAAUAGUGGGGGUUUUAUUUGCAUUCAUCUUCCCACCCAACUCAUGGAGUUAGAAUCCUUUACAGCUUUUCAUUUGAAUUAAUACCUGUCAGUCUUUGUUGCUGUAUGCAAAGAUAUUUGUUGAACAAGACAGCAUGCAAAUCAUUCUCAAUGCCCAAAGUGGUCAUUAAUAUUAUAAUAACAGGCCUCUUUUCCCUAAAUAUGAGUAAAGGUCAGCAUUUACAAAAACUCCCUGCCUUAUUUUUAUGCCUUUUUUCUUAGAUACUAGACUAGCAAAAGAAAGAAUCCCAUCUUUUCAGGUACUGCAACAUUUUCAGUAUGAAAUUUCAAUAUUGUAUCUAUGAUACCUGAAUAAUAUGACAUAAUGUACAUUUCUGUGAAAAGUUCUAACAUAAUGGAAUACAUUUCCCAGAAAAGCAGUUUCACCACACCAUUGGUGUGGGAGAGUGUUAUGUGGAUUUAUAGGAAGAGGAAAAAAUGUUCUUUGGAAAUGAUUUUAAUUAAUUGCUUAUUUUCCUUUAUAAACAUCUGAAUGACAAGUGACUGUCUUAUGAUCUAGAAAUGGUUCUUUAUUUUGUAAAAUUUCAGGUGUAGCUUUUUGUCAAAUUAAACAUUAUGCUUACCAUU